CCAACCACCCACACAAGCUCUGCUCUGUUCCGCCAUUAAAACCCCCACUCACUCCCCUUCACUCACACACGCCACCUGUUUGUAUAAAUGUCUCUUUAACACAUUCAGAGAAAAUCGCAUUCGCAUUCACUAUACAAAUCUAAAAGAAAAUGGUGAUGAUGAAGAAGAUGAUUCGGGUUUGGAUCUUGUUCUUUGUUGUUGCGUUGCUGGUAUUAGUGUGUGGGGAGGCGGUGACGACCGAAAAGAAGUGUGGCGAUGAUUUUACGAAGGUGACGACGUGCAUGGCGUUUGCGACGGGGAAGUCAGAUACGCCGACGAAGGAGUGUUGUACUUCGGUGACAGAGAUCAAGCAGAGCGAUCCUGAAUGCUUGUGUUAUUUUAUACAGCAGACUCACAGUGGGAGUCAAUCGGUGAAGAGUCUGGGUAUUCAGGAGUCUCGCUUGCUUCUGCUUCCUUCUGCUUGCAAGCUCACUAAUGCCAGCGUCAGUGACUGCCCAAAGCUUCUAAAAAUUCCUUCAACCUCUCCUGACUAUGCGAUCUUCACAAAUUCUUCUUCGACAACCAGUCCUAGCACAGUGACAGGGACAUCAUCACCAUCAACAGCUAAUGACUCUAGUGGGACUAUCAGGACUGAGCACGUUCCCCAACUUAUCGGGCUAGUCACAAUCGCUAUGGCCAUCUUCUUGUUGCUGUCCCCAGUUGAGGUUGUGUCUACAUUUUGCACGUGAGGGUGAAAUUUCUAGUUUUGCUAUUAACACAGAAACAUAUUAUAGAAUCGGACAUAGAGUAUAUAUGAAUGAGCAAGAUUUUACAAAAUUUGUUAAUGAGAUUAACAUUUAAAAAAAUCUUAUUCAUCUAUAUACAUUUUGUGUCUGGUUCUAUGAUAUGUUUCUGUGUUCUUAGACUUUGAAAUUUCUCCCAAAACUGAGUAGGGAAGCUUCUAUUUCUUUUCAUCUUGAUGGUUUAUUUUUCUCGACUUCAGGACUUCAAUACCGUUAUGAUCUUUCCACUGUAAGCUGUAAUGCACUUUCCACUAAUGUGGAGUUAUUUUUAUGCUCGUAAAAACAAGCUGUAAUGCUCUUUCCACUAAUGGGAAGUUAUUUUUAUGCUCUCAGUUUUUAUGCAUCACAGGAUUAUGACUAUGAAUCCAUAUCCCGUGUUAGCUCGUUUUACUC